AUGGUAAUCGUCGGCGCUUAUGUUGAAAGUGGGGACUUUCAAAUUGACGACGAUACAAUAAUAUAUUCCUCACAGAACAUGCAGAUAAGUGUGACUGUUGAUUUUGUAGGAAGACUUGACACAAUUAAAAACAUUGCGAUAGCGGCGAUUGAGUCAGUUUGCAAAACUGGUGAAAGCGCAAGUAUUAUUGGGUGCGGCUUGAACUUUGAACAAUUAUUUAAUUUACUAGAUUCCGACUUAUCUAGGCUGUUUCCAGCUCGAUGCACCUUAGUCAAAACAGGAAGAUUAUCUCAUAUGAGAUUAAAAAAAGAAUGGCUCGCAGACACUAGUCACGACGCUCUUAAAGAAAUAACGAAAAUUCAUUCAAAAUCGCCUCUGGGGAUCAUCUUAUGGCAGCUUUCUAACACUUUCUUAACAAGCUCUCCUCCAUAUCUUCAGUUAAUUCCAGUUAUGCCUAAACUCUCCAUGAGUCUUGCAGAUUUACCAUUGCUGAGCCCACAGCCAACUUUGACUAUUUUAUGCUGGCUUAAUGAAAUUAUGGCUUUGCAGGUACUUCACUUUGUGGGGAAAAUAAAUAAAACUUUAAGGAUCAGUAAUGGGCCGACAAGAAUUGGACAAUUGUUAGAAAAAUAUAAGUCACAGCUGAAGCAGCUUGACCAGCUGAUUUCAGAGUCCCCGAAAACUAUGAAUAGGCUGUCAUUGGAUAAUAUGGAGCUUGGUGAGCUUUUUCAAGACACCCGGACGAAUUUUCGUGAUGAUUUAAGAUCGGUGUAA